AGGAACUACUGUAUAUCAUCAUGCAGACGAGUUCCACGUGAAAAGCGUACCUGCACAAUAAAAUGUAAUACAAUUGUUGUUCGUUCGGUACGAGGUUUAGUUUUUCAGUUUUUCGGUUUUUUUUUUUUUUUUGUUUUCGGCCUCGAUAUUACUAGUUGCACUGGUGCGAGCGAAUAUUCCGGGAGAUAGAGUUUCGCAAAAACUAGGGAAAAGCGCAAUAUUUACGAGUUCAUGAGCUGUACAAGGGGAAGUGACUUACGCGUUGUAUCGCAACGUUGAAAAAGUGUCUAGGUGCUGAAUUGCACAUUAAAUCUUUUCUCAUGCGAAAUGGUCUGCGAAAACCUUCGUAAAAUACGUUUAGAUUGCACAGACACCGUUUCCCAGGAAUACGCAAACUAUCGGCCUAGAUCUUCACACAGCAAAGAAAAAAAGUUCUCUGCGAGUUUCAUGUGUUUUACUCAAAACCUAGCAUUUGAUAAUUGAAAAUGUAUUCGUGUUAAUACCAUAGCAAAAUAUAGCUUCAGUUAUUGCUUUCAAGCGAAGUGGACGACGGUCGCGGCCGGCGGCACUGCGUAGUUCAUCCAUCAGUGGUUGGUCCGCCGCGUGCAGCGUCCACGAACGAAGACGACGCAUAGUUUUGCUAUCGAAUCAGAAAUAUCAACCGUACGCGAAGGGACGUGGUCGAGAAAAGCAUAGCAGUAUAGAUGACACGACUGCGAGCGAGGGCUCGUUUCUGCCGACAAUCCAUCAGCGCGUGACGUUUUGCGGCUGCGGGCGAAGAAGAAACAAUACCGAAAAUAUAGGAAUUCUUAUUUGAAUUAAUAAGCCAUAGCCUGGUGUUGAAAUGUCGACGAGUCAAAGUGAUCCCGGGCUGCCGGCUGCAAUAGAUCAGCAGAACAAAAAGUUCACCACCAUAAUUAUUUACCCGACGGUGACGCCGGAGAAGAUAAUCAUACCCAUGGUGUCAUGCAUUUUGGGUUUCCCGCUGUUGGCCCUGAUGGUAAUAUGCUGUCUGAGGCGGAGGGCCAAAUUAGCGAGGGAUCGAGAUCGUCGGAGAAAUUUGGGAUUUGCCAGAGCAUGCACUAGCGAUCAAGGCGUAAUAUCAUUGGCAAGGUUUAGUCCGAUGCAUAAGAUUGGUGUGUACUUGGCGGCUGGAACUACAGCCAAUUGCGGCGGUAGGAACCAUCCAUUGCGCAGCGAAAGCCGGUCGUACGCGUCCUGCGACCUGGACCCCGUGAUGGAGGAGCGCAGCGAGAUGGACAGCAGCUGCACCGUGGCCGGGAUCGGCGGGAUGGCGGCUGAAAGCGAUGUGACGGCCGAGUGCGGCAGUGGCGGUGGCGCGGUCGAGGCUCUUGUGUGCCCGGACAGCUAGCAACACGUGCUGGCCAUCGCCAGGAUAUCGGUGGCCGUGCAGACGGAUAAACCGCCCCCGAGACCGGCCAGGUCGCCGUUGUGGAAUACGCUCACCAACAACCCACCGGACGAGGUGGUCAGCUGACAUACGGCCGGGCCUGAUCAGUUCAAAGCCAUCGCGAUCAUCGAGCCCUAACCGCUCCCUAUCCACGCGGCCCUGCCGACCGCUCGCGGGCCAACGGGGGAUCCGCACGUCGACAAAAUAAAGACCCGUUGCGGUCCCUUCGCCGCACUAUCUACGUGUACAUAUAUUACGUUGUCGGUCGUCUUCUCGACAACGCGCAUUCCAAUAAUACAUUGAUAAAUACACUAACAGUCGAUCUAAACAGCUGAUCACGUACUCGGUUAGCGAUUCGAUUUUUUUUCCCCUCCCGAACGGAAAACAGACAGACAUAGAGAAAUAAUCUUUAACGCAUCUGAACGGAAAUCGUCCUCUGAGCAGCGCUAUAAUACUCGUCUCGGUUGUCCUUCGGGCAUGAACUUUCCAAACGUCUUGUGCGCGCGUACUUAAAUCCUAUAUUCCUAUAUUCCUGUAUCCAAUAAACCGACUCGUCGUUGUUCCGAUAAUCCCGAAUUCGAAUACCUCGUCUGCGUCUCUCAUCAUCAUUUGAUGGCACCGUAUUAUAAAUUUAUAAAUCCACCCACGUAUGUGUAUGAGUGUGUGUGUGUGUGUGUGUGUGUGUGUGUGUGUGUGUGUGUGUGUGUGUGUGUGUGUGUGCGUGUGUGUGAACGCACGCAAAGUUAUUUUUCUAAACUUUUAUUGAACCGAUGCUCCGAAAUCAGGCUUUUUCGCGACGGUAACGAAUCGAAUAAAUCGUAAACAUAUACAUACAUAUAAAUAAAUAAAAGUUCAAAGAAACUACGUUAAAGGAUCAUCCGUUAGGAUGUGAACCGACUUAUUGCCCCUCGUAUGUACAUUAUUACGAUUCUUCGCUACAGCCAAACAGCAUACAUAUAUACACGUAAACCUAUACGGAGUACUAAUGUAUUUUUCUUUUCAACGUACCCACUGCAUCCUCCGGACGUAUUAUUCAUGCUAAUGCAACGCAUAAUUAUAUAUAUAUACAUAUAAAUAUAUUUUUUUUCCAUUCAUAGGUCAAUUAUCUUCUUCUCAUUAAUAUUUUGCAAAAGUUCACGAGAGAAACGUGAUUCAUCUGCGAAAUUAAUAUUACGGCUGGAGUUAUUUUUUUUAUUUUCUAUUCAAUCGAUGUUCACUAGACGUGCGCGUGAACAUACAUUUCGCAUUGAAACGACAAAAACCCACGGUUGAUUUGCUACUACAAAAAUUAUGUCCGAUCACUUUUAUUCAUGAUAAUCUAUGCGCCGGCGUCAAAAUCGACUCGUUUCGCCAACCUCGGCUCCGUUUGGUCGGCAACGUGUUUCGCUCGCAUUACAAUGCGAAAUCACGCGACAGCAUGAUACCAAUCGUGACAGCGCGUGCAUUUUGUUCGAAAGAGCGAAUCGCCGCCGGGCACUGCUUAGGAAUUUGAUUUUUGUGUCAGCGAGUAUUAUAUGAAAACCCUUUAAACGUAUCGUAUCGGCUAUCAAACCCGAGAUAUUUAUACAGUUACCCGUACUCCGGUAUUCUUAUUAUCGGACCGAUCGUUUGGCACCAGUUGCACCAGUCGGACGUACUGCAAACGUUUCCAAUCGAACAUCGAGUUUUUAUAAGCAAUCGAUUUCAACCAAAAUAUUAUACUUAUAAGACGAUACGGUACUGUUGAUAACAAAUUAAAAAAUUUGAAUCACAAAAAAAUGCAGCGCGGGCAAUGUAUAAAAUGAAAGCGCGUGACGUGUAUACGGUUUGAAAGUUUUCUUUACACGCGUGUCCUCGUGAAAUGUUACAAUUUAAUCGAUAUCGGAGGCUUUCCGUACCGCUCAUUUUUUGCACGCAGAAACGAUAACGGUACAAUUUCACCUUACUUGAAAAUGUGUGACGAUUAAUUAUCGUCCAUAGUUUGUCCGCCAAUUUGUUCGAUCCCCAUAGUACCCGUUCUAAAAUGUUAAACGAGUUACGCUCAGGAAUGCAUCGCACAACGUUUUAUAAUACGUUACACCGAGAGCUGUUUUUUCCGAUUCGACGACAUCCAGAACGGUUUUUCUCGUCGAUAAUCGUAUACAGCCAACAAACACUGAAUUAAUUGGCUUACAAAGAAAAAAAAAAUGUUAAAAAAGCACCUUCUACUCCCGGCGGUGUUUGGACACGGAAAACGUAAAAGAUUUACGUCUCGAAACGCGUGCACGCGUCAUUUCGACAGGAUGGAAAAAAAUAAAUAGCCAUCCCUUUUCCUCCGACCGCGGCCGCAUUAGAAAUCGUAGGACGUGUUGCGGAUUCGAGCGCGAGUUGAAAUAUUCCGGUCGGCUUGAGUGCGUGUCGGUGUCGGCCUGCGGACGUGAGUGCAUGGCCGAGAGGAUUUCGAGAAGCGUCCGGGGGACGGGGAAUUCAAUUCAAAGUUGUACAAUCGGUAAAUAUAUAUGCCGGAGGCGUCUGACCGCAAUGAUAAAUACAAUAAUUCGACGGCGAUUCCCACCCCUCAAAUUGAGAGUGCUUAGAAAUAUAAUGGGAAAAAGUAAUUGGAGCCCGAAAAACUUUUAAUGGCCCCGAACGGUUGGGGUACGAUAAAAGUAUAGCUCCUCAGAUGUUACUAAACCAUUAUUAUUAUUAUUAUUAUUAUUAUUACGUCCGAGCGGCGGCCGUACAACUGUACGGUAACUUAAUCCGGCUUUGCUCGCGAUGUACAUACAUAUAUAUACUAUAUAUAUGUACACGAGUACUCGAGAGACGUGUCAAGACAAAUUGUAUACGUUUGGUAAAUAAAUUAGGCUCAAAUUAAAAAAAAAAAAAUACCUACUCGGAUAUACGUAAAUACACUUAUACAUGUACAUAUAUAUAUAUAUAUAUAUAUAAAUUGAGCGCACACAAUCUUUGGCAGUCCUCAGCUUUGCUUUCCGCGUGUAACUAUGGAAACCAGUGGAAUUCGUUUUUUUUUUUUCCAUUCCUCUCCCCCGUUCACGUUUUCCUAUUAAAAUUAGAACUAAGCGAAUAACAACGAUAAUAACAACAUUAUAAUUGCGCGUGUGUGCUUUUGCGGACGAUUUCCGUUCGUUUUCAUGGCAGUGGCCUAUUAGCGAUAGGAGAUGCUAGAGAUGCUGGGAUAGAGUAUACACUGUUCUGAUCGUUAAUCUUUUCGUUUUCACGGAUAGACUGAAAUAAAUUUUUGUUCGUUGUUCGUGAAAUUGUCACUGUUACAUCAAUGAUUAUUUACAACGAUAAUAAUUAACAUAAAUAACUUCCUACAAAACGAUUUGAAUUCCAAAUAAUAACUCGCAACGACCGUAACGAGUGCGUUACGCUAGCGAAACAGAACUAUCCACGACCGAACGAAAAUGGUAGACAGUGUAUUCCAUCUCAGCGGUUCUCAACCUUUUUGAGUUCGCAACCCCCCAUAAUGUCACCAAGGUGUCUAACGACCCUUUUGUAAUAUAGGCAUUGAAAAGUUUUACAAACUGUUAUUAUUGUAUUUAUUUGUAUAUACAUUUUACAAAAAAAAGGUACAUUAUGAAAACCGAUUAGCGUUAAUUAAUAGAAGGAAAAAAUAAAAAUAAAAUAAAAAAUUAUGUAAAUUUGAUACUGUUGUUGAUUUGAAAUAAUUUUUUUUUUCACAUGAUGCGACACUAAAAAAAUUGUUGGCGACCCUCCGGUUGAGAAUCGCUGUUCUAUCUAUUUUUUAUCUCUACUACUACUGUAAAGAUGUGCCAUUGCCGUCCUAGCGUAUGAUAGUAUAUACCGCCCAUGGUGAACGAGAGUACGAAAUUAUUGUGUAUUCCGUUCUCGAUAAAACAAUAAUCGAGUGCAACGUUAUUGCGCUACCGAAUAAACGACAAUCUUCGAUCGGUAACGUUUGUACGAAGUCGACGAAAAAUUAAUGUACAUACUUUACGGGUAUAACAAUAAUAAUAAUUUAACUGUAUUAUGUUCUACGUGUUUAUAUAUAUAUAUAUACAUAUAUAUAAAUAAUCGAAAUUUUGUAUAGAUGUGUUCAUAGUUAUAAUUAUUGAUAGUUACAUAACCCAAUCAUAUCCUACAUUAUGGUGUAUAAUACGUGUUGUUGUAAUACGUUUCAUACGUGAACGAUUCACUUGAUGUGCGUAGUUUCUAACCCCAUUAGGUGUUUUUAUUCUUCGAGUGUAUUAUGUAAUAUAAAUUAAAUGUACAUCAAUUUUAAUUCCUCGAAACCCUUGAACCGGAAUAAAAUAUUAAUGUUUUUCGCGAAAUCGUUUGAUUCGAUUUGAAAUUCCAGUAGAAUAUCUGUCUUGCCAGAGUCGGACUGGCCUAUAUUAUAGACUAGCGAUUGCCGCUGAGGCCCUACUUGUUACCCCUUACUUUUUUUUUUUUUGUUUACUAUAAUAUCGUAUGACUCGUAAGAAUCAAGAGUCUAAUUAUUAAUUGUUAUUUGUAAUUUACCAAAUAGGUUUAUAAAAAUAUAUUUUUGUUAUUUAUGUAAAAUAUACCCAGUAUGUAGAAUUGUUUUGUUAGUAUUCACUGGUGCGACUACGAUUAAAAUUUGAGAGGUUAACAUAUUUUGCACCUAUGUUAGUAUAAGUAUCAAUAUUAUAUAAUGUUAACAGACUUGGGUAGUAUUCCGCAUACAAUAUUCGGAAUACUGUAUUCAGA